GUUUCUUUAAGAAAGAGCUAACAGAUGAGAGAAAUAGACGUUGGGCAUGUGUAGCAGACAGACAGUUACCUCAAAAUUUGAAAAUCUCAAUUCUGUCUUGUAAUAACAACAUACGGAGUAAAAUCAGAGAAUAAAAUCCCGAGCCCACCGUACAUUCUCAGAAUCUCUAGUCCUUUUUUCUUGUGGGAAAUCACCUGAAGUUUUUAAUCUUUUUUUGAGCCUCGAUUCUUGAUGGCCUAGCCCUCUGUUCACCUUGCCUCCUACAUUCUUCUGUGAUUGUUUGAAAAAAAUGGAUGGUUUAGUUGAGAGGAAGAAGAAAAGAGAUGGGUCGUGUCCGUGCGAGUCGCUCAGUGAGUCCAGCUCGAGAGUGUCGAUCUCCGACGCUUCGUCGGAGAGCUGUUCUUCUCCGGCCCCGUUGGGCUGGCCCAUUCCGGUGACAACUGGGAUCAAGAAAUUAUGUGAAGCUCAAAAAGAGAGAAAAUCCCAGGAAGCUGAUGAAGGGGUGGACUCGAAAAUUUCAGAAUUUGAUAUGAUGCAAGAGAGAUUUGCAAAAUUGCUGCUUGGAGAAGAUAUGUCUGGUGGUGGCAAAGGGGUUUCAGCAGCACUUGCAAUUUCAAAUGCCAUUACUAAUCUUUGUGCUACGGUUUUUGGGCAAUUGUGGAGGUUGGAGCCAUUGCAUCCCGAAAAGAAAUCGUUGUGGCGAAGAGAGAUGGAGUGGCUUGUUGCUGUUAGUGAUCACAUUGUGGAAUUAAUACCUUCUUGGCAAACAUUCCCUGAUGGAAGUAGGCUAGAGGUGAUGAGUAGCAGACCGCGAUCAGAUCUGUUUAUUAACCUUCCAGCUCUUAGGAAACUCGACCACAUGCUUACUGAAAUCUUAGAUAGUUUUACAGACACGGAGUUUUGGUAUGUGGAUCAAAGUGUGGUUGAAAGCGAGAGUGAUGGUUCGGGGUCUUUCCGUAAGGCCAUCCAGCGACAAGAAGACAAGUGGUGGCUGCCUGUCCCGAGGGUCCCUCCUAGCGGUCUCGUUGAGGGCACGAGGAAGAAGUUAAACCAGAAGCGUGAAUGCGCGAGCCAGAUUCUAAAAGCCGCUAUGUCCAUCAACAGCAUUGCUAUUGCUGAGAUGGAUGUUCCAGUCUCUUACUUGGAAGCUCUCCCAAAGAGCGGGAGAGGCUGUCUAGGAGAUGUCGUUUAUCGCUAUAUCACAUCAGACCAUUUCUCUUCGGAGUGCCUGCUCGAUUGCCUUGACCUGUCUUCCGAGCACCUUGCUCUCGAGAUGGCAAAUUGUGUGGAAGCUGCAAUAUACGUUUGGCGUAGAAGACACCAUUCAGGCCGUUUGACAGCAAAAACUUCUUGGAAUAUGGUUAAAGAUCUGGUUGUUGAUGGAGACAAGAGGGAUUUGCUUGCAGAGAGAGCUGAGAAUCUUCUUCUUUGCUUGAAGCAAAGAUUCCCUGGCCUCACCCAAACCUCCCUGGAUUCCUGCAAGAUUCAUUGCAAUAAGGAUGUGGGGAAAUCUAUCCUCGAGAGCUACUCGAGGGUCCUAGAGAGCCUUGCUUUCAACAUUGUGGCGCGCAUAGAUGAUCUCCUAUACGUGGAUGACAUAACGAGGCAAUCUCAACCCGACGAUGCAGAAAUUUGCCCCCGAAAACUUCCAAUCCCCCCCUAUCCCUCGGUGCCUGUCUCCCCAGCCUUUGCUACUACAACCUUUUCUCCCGCGCCCCUGGUAAGCCCCGCGAGGACUUCAUUCAUCAGCAACAAGCUCCCUGGGCGGGCUUUUGGUGUCAAACGAGCCCUGUCGAACUAUCUAGGUGGUGAAGCAAAGGCAAAGAACUCUGCAAAGGCCCCGGGAGCUUCCUCGCCUCCUGUUUCCAAUCAAAGUUCACAACCAUUAUCAUCGAAAACUUUCUUGGCGGGUGCAGAUCAGCAGCACAAGGAGCAGCGUUCGAUCUUGCAGCCACUUAAUCGUUGAGCCAUGCCAAGAAGGCGCUAGGCGCUAGUCGGGCACCCGGGGGACGCCUAGCGCCUAGGCGCGGCUAAGUAAUCCAAGUAUAUUGUCUCCACUUUUCCCACUUAGGGCUCGGAAUUGUUAGAAUGUUAUAAUCCCCCAAACUAGUCAAUUGCAUAUGCUAAAUGGUUAGUUGAGUACAUGGCUAGAGAAAUAUAGAAGAAGAGUAGCUGAGCAGACAAAAAAUCACUCGCCCAAGUUGAACGCCAAUUCCGCUAAGUUGGGCACCGACUCGGUCGAGUUAGGUGCUCGACUCGGCCGAAUUAGGCACUCAACUCAGCCGAAUCAGCGCCUAGUCGGCCAGUUAGUCGGUCAGCCGACUAAAAGCUGUCUAGGACUGCAAUGACAUAGACGCCCCUAGGCUACUUUUUACAACAUUAUAUUGCUCUUAAAUAGUGACUGCAGGUUUCCUUUC